CUCUUCUGAUCCAUCUCGUGCCGCCGCCCCAGCCCAAAUCCCGAACCCUAGCCAGCGCCCCCGGCCCCCAGCCCAGAUCCCUCCCCGCGCCGCCAUGCGGAUCCGCAGGUCUGCCGCCCGCCUGCUCGGCUCCGCCUACUCCGCCCCCGCGCCGCCGCAACCAGACCUCCCGCUUCCGCCCCCGCCCCCGCCGCCGCCGCCGCCAGUGCUGGAGCCCUGUUCCUCCCACGCGGGGGGCGACGGGUUCACGGCCGGGGGCGGGGGGACCUCCUCCGCGGAGCGGUGCGAGCUCAGCCGGUCGCCGUGGGAGCUCAUGGCCCAGCUCGACCCCUCCGAUCCCAAGGAGGUGGAACACUUCAUGGGGAAAUACUUCGUCAGUGUCCCAUGCCGGACGAGCUGGCUCUUCCAGGCCAGCAUUCUUGCCGCCUCCAUCAAGGGGGAGGAAGAAGGGGAGGGGAAGGGGGAGGACAUGGCAGGAGAUAUGGCUGACGAGGUCUUUGCCAAACGGCGGCAGAAGGUUGCCAAGAAGAAGAGGACAGUCAUGGAAAACAGAGGGGGUGAGAAGAAUGCGUGGGGGCAUAAGAAGACCACUGAGGUUCAGAGUGAUGACGACGAUUUCGUGGCUGACGGAGGAGGAGAACUUUGGGUGUGCAAGAAGAAUGACGGCAAGAGGAGGUUUUGCCGCCGGCCGGUGAGCCAGCCUGAUUCCUUUUGCAUAUAUCACUCAGAUCUUAAGUCUGCGCUGCCGCCGACUUCAUCAGCGGCCUCCAAACCCUCCAGCAGCGCCAAGCCACGUAAGAGGAGGCGUGUCGAUGCAGGUGAGGGGUACUUAUACUACGCCGGGUUCGGCCCGUCCCUCAGCAAGAGGCAGAGAUCAAGCAGCAAUGUACUGGAAUCUUUACCUGAUGAGCAAGAGGAGGAGGCACUGCCUGAAGAGCAUACUGCAGGUCCAGCCCAAACUGUUGAUGCAGACCAUCAAGCGGCCUCAGCACGCGUUGAUGAGCCUAGGUGUGAUGAGUUGGCCGGGAUUGCGGGCGGCGACGAGGAGAGCAGCGACGACGCACUUGGCUGCAACGAUGAACCCCGGGUUGUUGGCGUCAACGGCAACAUCAAGAGGAAGAGCCCGUUUAAGAAGAGGUGGAGGAAGCCUGUGAAAGCUCGCUCACUCAAGUCAUUGAUGUGUUAGCACACUUAUACCUGUACAUGCAUGCCCAAAUUGGUUCUCCAUGAUUCAGGUAGAGCUUGGCAGGAUAUUCAGAUCAUGGAAGAUACCAACUCUGCUAUGGAUGAAGAAUCCAAUGCUUUACAAGCCCUUGUGACGGAACUGACAGAGAAACUGGUUGCUGAAAGCAAAUAUCAUUUGAGGCAAGGAACCAAGCAGAAAGCCAUAAACAGGUGGGGUUGUUCCAGCAAGUAAUGGACGAAGUUUCCGUUGGGAUGGUGGCCUGUUGGGCGGACAUAAUCAAUCAAUAGGACUGAAGGGGUGCAGCAAGCCUGGGGUGCUGGAAAAUGAAGAACCGCCUGACACCGUAUCAACAACAACAUAUGAAGCUCUGUCUAUGCUCUGAACUUUAUCCUACCCUGGCAGGAGGAUGACAUCCAUCUCUUUAUCCUGUCCUGUGGAAGAACCCAUAUGGUUUUGUAAUAGUGUAGUAUACUGUAUCAGGUUGUGGAAAAAUGUUUGUGGGCGAAGGUUCUCUUAUGUUAUGCGGCGUCGUCGAGUGGAUAGCAAUGAUGUAUUCAGUGUGAAGAAUGGGUUGAGCAGUCAGCACCAUGUUUUUCUUUUUCCUUUUUCUAUAGUACUGGACAUAGAUAAAAACAUUUGUCUGCUGCUCACUGAAACAGGGGAGGCGCACGGCAGUGCCCAAUUUCAGCAUAAAACCAUUAUC